GAAGCUUCUUCUCCUCCUCACAUUUAUAACAACAAUAUACUAUGUCAGCGCAGGCAAGAAAGCGAGGAUGCUGGCAGCUAUGAACGCAAUGAAUGGGGGGAUGAUGGGAGGGAUGAACGGAGGCAUGAACCCAGGCAUGAUGGGAGGCAUGAUGGGAGGAAUGAACGCAGGGAUGAACGGAGGCAUGAACCCAGGGAUGAUGGGAGGAUUGAUGGGAGGAAUGAACGGAGUAUUGGCAAACAGAGUGAACCCUGGGAUGGUGGCGGGAGGCUUGAACCCCCCCAUGGUCGCUGCUGGUGGAGCGGGUUUCAUUGGGCAGCCACAGUUUGCUGGGUUUGUUCCUGCUCCCAAUGUGUACGCCGUCCCUGCAGUCAACGGGUUUCCUUUCAUGGGAGUUCCUCAAAUGGCCCAAGUGAAUCCUCCUCAGCAGCCUCUGAUGGGGAACACAGGCGGUGUCACUCAACAACAGCUUCCUUUUCAGCCUGAUCCACUCGGGAGAUUUAGGCGUCAGGUCAUGAAACAGGACACCUUAAAGACCACUGUGGAAACUCAGAUUCCGUCCCCCUCCGAAACAACUACAACAACUCCCUGUGACAAGGACUAUCAACAUGAAGAUUAUUAACAUGUCACUAUUUACUUUCAGUUGUCAAAGUGAUAAUGUCCCUUGACAUAUAACUAUUAUCUUUAAUCAUUUAUCAUCAUUUAUCCAGUGAUCUAUAGAAUAAAUCCAAGAAACAACUAAAAAACAACUAAUGUAACAUGUCAGCUGUUAAAUAAAAUAAAUCACAUUUUAAAUGAAAGUUUGUAUUGUGUAACCCUCCAAUUUUACACCAAUGUGAUGAAAGAGUUCUCACCAAUAAAAAG